AUGGCCCUCCCCAUUAGCAGUCCGUCCCCAAAGGUGGACCGCUUCCAACAGGCGAUGCAGUCUCUCUAUGGCAGCUUCAGCAACAUAAUCGAACCCGACAAGUGGACCCCGCCUCCAAAAUCGGGUGGCCAUCGCGGCCGAUAUCUAUGGACGGACGCAUUCGGAGUAAUCAACCUGCUAACCAUGCAUAAAGAGUAUAGAAAAGCAGGCGGCGAGUCGUGUCAGGAUGACCGAUACCUUGUGCUGGCGCGCCGACUGAUCCAGACCGUCCACGAAGUAUUGGGUCGCACGCGAGAUGGACGGUCGCGAUUACCAGGAGCCACAGACCAAAACCCUCUCGGCGGCGGGCUGCGCAUUGGCAAGAUGGACGCGCAUGGAUCUGACUGCGAUGGCCAGUACCACCACUAUUUGACGGUGUGGAUGUUCGCACUCAACCGGAUGGCCGUAGCGUCGGGCGACAUGAACUACAACCGACAAGCGGUGGAGCUGGCGCGCGCCAUUCACCCAAAGUUCUUCGUCGAUCGCUCGACUGCACGCCCACGGAUGGUCUGGAAGAUGUCCAUGGAUUUAUCCACCCCGCUAGUCAGAUCAGAGGGCAACUUGGACCCCAUCGAUGGGCUCGUGACCUUUCGUCUACUUCAAGCGACAGCCGCAGAAGCUGGGGAUGGGCAAGUCUUGAUGGAGGAGAUCUCUGACUAUAAACGAGUGAUGGAACGGAAGGGCGAGCAUUUUGUCUCCAAUGACCCACUGGAUUUGGGCAUGACCUUGUGGACGGCGCAUUGGUUCUCGGAAACGGAAAGCUGGGCAUCGAGUUUGGCAACCAGAUGCUUCGAACAACUAUACGAUCUGUUUGAGAUCAACCGGUACCUCGAGCGUAACAUCAACCAUCGCUUGGCGUUUCGUGAAUUUGGAACGUGCUUGGGGCUGCAAUGCCAAGCACAGCAGACCACUGAAAAGGAACGAGCUGUCGAUCUCAAAACAUGGUCAGAUACAAUCGUUGCUGCGUGGGAUCCAUACAUGGAACUUUCCAUCUCCGAAGGUCUCACGCCGGAGGACCUACGGCCCAUCACACGAGUUAUGUAUGCCUCGGCUUUGAUCCCCGGUGGUAAGUGGUCCCCGAAGCCUAUCAUGAACCCUUCGAGGCUAGGCCGUGGCUUACUCUCCUCGGUUUUCUGCUAA